AUGUCUGGCUCCUCGUCUCCAGCCGGCAAGGCCGGAAAAAGCAUGUCGUCCAAUCUCCUGACGAUGAAGUUCAUGCGACGUGCUGCAGCUUCAAAAGACGCAGCCUCCAAGGAUUCCCAGAGCACGUCAGAUAGCUCCAAGCCUCACAGCAAACGCCCUCGUCUUUCCACCGAUGCUGAGAGCGCCUGUGCCUCUGAAAUGGAUGCGAUUACAGCGGCGCUUGCUGCCGAAGAAGAAAAGCGCCAAAAAGCUGUCGCACGAGCUGCUGAAGAGGCGGGUGAGACACAUUGGGUCUUGGAUAUGCCUUCUACGCCGCAAUACAAGCCGCAGCCUCUUGUAUUGGCAGCAGACUCGCUUGAUGCCGAUGACGACAACCACUCCGGUGGACGACAGACAUUUGGAAACUUCAAGCGCAAGGAAAAGCCACGACCCGCCCCGAGUACCGAGGUAGAUGAAAAUGGAGACGAGUGGAUGGAAGACCCGAACACUGGCGAUCUUGUCAAGGUAUCCAAGGCGCAAAAGCAGAAACAAGCAGAGAUAAAAUUAUCCCAAUUGACCAGUAUCUCUGGUUCUGGCCGGGCAUCUCUGAUGGGAGCACCAUCAAGCGACAAAAAGAAGAAGAAGCGCAAGAGCCAUUAG